AUCAGAAAACAAAAGAUAAAGAAAGUACACAGCACUUCAUCAUACGAUUAGGUUUAUGCAAGUCGACAACCCUACAACAAAAGGGCCAAAGAGCCAAGCACCACCUACUUCACAUCUUCAUCUCUAAAACCCCACCUCAACCCUUUGUCAAUUUCCACAAACAAAGCAAGAUCUUCAUUGUUCUUUUCUUAUUACAACAUUUUUGUAAUUUUAUAUAACAUUUAACAACACAUUUUUUCUGUCAAUAUGCUUAAAGAUUCGAACUUUUAGCUCUUCUUCAGGUUGAGGGAAGAUGGUUGCUGAUAGAAUUGCAGGAAUUUAGGCAUUCCGGUUGCGUAAGUUUGUUAUUAGGAUCAUAUUGUGAAAAAGAAAAUCAGGUUUUUUUAGUAUGGCUACUCUUGUGCCUUGUUCUCUUGUUGGGGCGGAUGGACUGAAGUUGGUGGGAAUAUCAUUUGGAGGAGGUAUUCGUAUGGGUAGAAGUCCUUACCGAAAGAUUGUGUCGAGCUUCCCACACAUCAAAUGUUCAACCAAUUCCCAUAGAGUUACUCCAAAUAACAAUAAGGACUCAUUUUUAGAUUUACAUCCUGAAGUUUCAAUGCUCGGCAGAGAAAAAGAUUACAAGUUCUCAACAAUAAAGGAUACUCAUACGCUUAGUGAUGAUAGUACUGAAUCUGUGCGAGAAUCAUCUAGGUCAAGUAAUUAUAAUGAAGCUACAAUCAAAGUUAUUGGUGUUGGGGGUGGUGGUUCCAAUGCUGUGAAUAGAAUGAUUGAGAGUGCCAUGGAUGGUGUUGAAUUUUGGAUAGUUAAUACAGAUGUUCAAGCCAUGAAGAUGUCGCCAGUUAAUUCUGGGAACCGUCUACCAAUUGGUCAAGAACUAACUCGGGGACUUGGUGCUGGCGGGAAUCCAGAGAUCGGAAUGAAUGCUGCAAAUGAAAGCCAAGCAGCCAUUCAGGAGGCAGUCCAAGGGGCAGAUAUGGUCUUUGUAACUGCUGGUAUGGGUGGAGGAACUGGAACGGGAGCGGCCCCAGUAGUUGCUGGAAUUGCCAAAUCCAUGGGUAUUUUGACGGUUGGCAUUGUGACUACACCUUUCUCAUUUGAGGGACGUAGAAGAACUGUGCAAGCUCAAGAAGGAAUUUCAACUCUGAGAGACAAUGUCGAUACACUCAUUGUGAUCCCAAAUGACAAGCUACUGACUGCAGUUUCUCAGUCCACCCCUGUAACAGAGGCAUUCAAUUUGGCUGACGAUAUCUUGCGGCAAGGUGUUCGUGGAAUAUCUGACAUAAUCACGAUCCCUGGCAUGGUCAAUGUUGAUUUUGCUGAUGUACGAGCCAUUAUGCAAAAUGCUGGUUCAUCUCUUAUGGGAAUAGGAACUGGAAGUGGCAAGACCAGAGCAAGAGAUGCUGCACUAAAUGCAGUCCAAUCACCUUUACUUGAUAUUGGUAUAGAAAGAGCUACGGGUAUCGUUUGGAACAUUACAGGUGGUACUGAUUUGACUUUGUUUGAGGUAAAUGCUGCAGCUGAAGUUAUAUAUGACCUUGUGGAUCCAAGUGCAAAUUUGAUAUUUGGAGCUGUAAUAGAUCCGUCACUAAGUGGUCAAGUUAGCAUAACCCUGAUUGCCACUGGAUUCAGACGACAAGAAGAAUCUGAAGGGCAGGGACAGGGAGAUGUCACUUCCGGAAUGAGCAGGCGUCCUUCUUCAUUUACUGAAGGCGGAUCAGUGGAAAUACCUGAAUUCUUAAAGAAGAAAGGCCGUUCUCGUUAUUCAUAAGCAUAAUGUCAUAUUCCCUCGCUUUCUAAAUUCUUCGUCCCUCGUUCUGUUUCAUGUAUACUUGCUUUUAGUAUCAACUCAUAUAUAUAUAUUAGCAUUUUGAUACCAAGUUCAGGAUUCAGGAUGUACAGGUGCUUUUCACAAUGUAAUGCCUAUUGCUGCUGGAGAAUGUGUUACUGUUGGAUCAAUAUGCUACUCUAUUUGAUAUUUUUA